GCAGGUUAGGAGCUGGUGCUUCAUUAACAGAUUUUUACGGCUCUGACAGAGUCUCAGCUGAAGCAGGAGGAGGAUUUCUUCACUCUUACCUGUCCGUCCACUUUGAGAGUUUGUCUUCAGACCGGAUCGAGGAUCUGCUCACCUCCUUCUGGAUCUCUCAGAGGUCUAGUCCAGAGACUCAGACUGGUGUCCUGAAGAGGAGGAUGAGCGGUUUCCUGUUCUUCAUCCUCCCGGCGCUGGGCGGAUACGCUCUCACCUCGGUGUACCUGCUGAAGAACCCGCUCAUUCUACACAAGAGGAAACGCACGGCCUUCUACUGCACACACAUCUCACACAGAGGAGGUAAGGACAGGAGGAGGAGGAGGUGCAAUGGGAGUCAUUCAGUCCUGACUCUGAUCAUAAUAAUAAUAAUAAUAAUAAUAUUUUAUUUAUAGGAGCCUUUCUAAACACUCAGAGUCACUUUACAAAGUAAGAAGAGCAGCAGAAAACAACAAACAGACACAAAAAUCUGAGGAAUCUGAAGUGAUCAGGUUUACAGAAGGAGACUGAUGUCAAGAUUUAAGAUUCAAGAUUCAAGAUGAGUUUAUUUAUCAUGUUCAUGUUAAAGAAGGUCAACAUAAAAAACACAAUAAAUACUGAGAGGAAAACAAUAAAAUAAGGAAACAAAGAAAAUAUUAAAGAGGAAUAAAAGUCUAAGAGAAAUAUUAACAAAGGUGCUGAGUGUGAAUGUAUGACAUGGAGGAUAAGAUGGUGGAUAAAUGAGGUGUGAAAAAUUACCGUAUUACACAUAAUAAAUGAUGGUGUAAGAGUGCUGUACAUCACAGAAAGUUUUGCAACGUAGAUGAAAUAAUAUUGAACUUUGACUGAGUCUGAAAACUGUCAGAUUUCCUGAACAGUCUGUUGGUCAAAUUAACUGCAGUUCCUCCAGUGUCCACUAGAGGCUGCCUGAGAAGUGAGUCAGGCCCCAUUGAGCCUCAUGUUAAAACCUCAGCAGAGAUAAACCAGGAACCAAAACAACAACACAUUCAUGACAGCUGAACAGGACUCACCUGUUUACACCUGUGUUAACAGUCAAAGUGAAGGGGGCGUGGCCUCUUUGUAAUGACCUCUGACCUCUGACCAUAACACAUCAAAAGAACGGCCGCACCAAUGAGAGGCCCCGCCCCUUUAACUAGAAGUCCUUAUUGAACGUGAACAGGUGAGUUCUCCUCAAACACAGCUGGUUCUGAUCUUCUCUCUGACCGUAAAGUUUUAACAUGAAGCUCUAUGGAGACUGACUCACAGCAGGGGUCGGCCUCUAGUGGACACUGAAGGAACUGCAGUUUUUGGUUCUUCAUCAGUAAAGUUCUCUGUUUGUUUGCAGGAUGUGGAGAGAGGAUCGAGAGCACCAUGGAGGCCUUCACACAGUGAGUAAACUGACCCCCGACCUCCACCUUCAUCCUGAUCGUCUCCUAAAAGAUCGUCUCCUAAAAGGUCGUAUCCUCCGAUCGUAGCUGAUCGUAACCAUUCAAGUUAACGUGUCAAUUUACACCGACUUCUUUCCGUUCCUCUGCGGAUCGCCGGACUCCUCAGCUGAUCACAAGUGAAAGGUUUUUAGACGUCAUUUCACCCCGAUGACACCAUGGAUGAGGAGAUGCUGAUUCUAGAAGUCUAGAAGUAGAUUUCCUCCUCUGGAAGGACACAAUCUACUGCUUAUAUGUCUAUGUGUCUGUCUUUAGAGAGACAACUCGUUAUCAUGAGAUUGAACGUGAAUCUGCGGGUUCUUGUGAGUUCUCGUGAUUCCUGCUGUCUGUAAUCCGCCAUGAAAUUCGCCUCACAAACGGAUCUGUUAGGAAUUGGCGGACAGUGAAAAUCGCCGCCGUUCUGGAUGUGGUGAAAAUUGAGGGUCAGACUGAUCCCGCCUCUCGUCCAAAUCUACGUCUUUGUUUCUUCCUGUCAGCUGACUGACCUGUUCCAAUCCACUUCCUCUCCAUCAUGUUUGACCUUGUGUUGACCUUGUGUUGACCUUGAACGCCUCACGGUUCGAUCCCUCCUCUGUCCGCAGCGCCGUGGAGCAGGGCACGCAGAUGCUGGAGCUGGACUGUCACCUGACGCACGACGGACACGUGGUGGUGUCACAUGACGAGAACCUGCUGAGAGAAACGGGAAACGACGUCAACAUGUCCUCGCUUGAUUGGCAGGUCAGAGGUCAAAGGUCACAGAGAAACACAGAUGGUUAUAAGAGUUCUGAUCCGAAUGAUCCGAUUGUUGGUGUUUUCAGGAUCUUCCUCUGUACAAAGACCGACUGGAGGUGACCUUCUUCUCCGGUGAGUUCGACCUCCAGAGUUUAAACAGUGUGUGUGUGUGUGUGUGUGUGUGUGUGUGUGUGUCUGUGUGAGUGUGUGUGUGUGUGUGUGUGUGUGUCUUUUAUUGUCCUUUAUCGUUGUGAUAGUCCCCGCCCCUCCCUCCCUCCUGCAGGUCGUUUCAGCGGCGGCGCAGACAGGAAGUUCACUCUGCUGGAGGACUUGUUCCGGACGUUUCCUCAGAUCCCCAUCAGCAUCGAGAUCAAAGAGAACAACAGUCAGCUGAUCAAAAAGGUACAGUCCGUCUAAAAACACCCUCCGCUCUGUCUGAACGUCUGUCUAAAGUCUCAGCGGCCCUGAAAUGAUGAAACUCUCUACCCCUGAUCUACUUUUCAUUAAUGACCUCAGACUCUUUGAAACAUCUUAAAACUCCUUUUAAAACAGGUUUUUAAUGUUUAGUGUCAUUUAUGGUGUUUCUCUCUGAUCGUUUUUGUUUUCUAACCUUUUAUUGUUCCGAUAUUUUCUCACGUUUGUCACUUUUCAUGUAUUUUCUUUCCUUUAUUUGUGUUUUUGACGGUGAAAGAACUUUGUUCAUCUUUACGGAUGUUGUACGGGGCUAUAUAAAUAAACUUUAUCAUUAUUAUUAUUAUUAUUAUUAUUAUUAUUAUUAUUAUUAUUGUUAUUAUUGUUGUUGUUGUUGUUGUUGUUGUUGUUGUUGUUGUUGUUGUUGUUGUUAUUAUUAUUAUUAUUAUUAUUAUUAUCAUUAUCAUUAUUAUUAUUAUUAUUAUUAUUAUUAUUGGUAUUAUUAUUAUUAUUAUUGGUAUUAUUAUUAUUAUUAUUAUUAUUAUUAUUAUUAUUAUUAUUAUUAUUAUUAUUAUCAUUAUCAUUAUUAUUAUUAUUAUUAUUAAUCUUAUUAUUAUUAUUAUUAUUAUCAUUAUUAUUAUUAUUAUUAUUAUUGUUAUUAUUAUUAUCAUUAUUAUUAUUAUUAUUAUUAUUAUUAUUAUUAUUAUUGUUAUUAUUAUUAUUAUUAUUAUUAUUAUUAUUAUUAUUAUUAUUAUCAUUAUUAUUAAUAUUAUCAUUAUUAUUAUUAUUAUUAUUAUUGUUAUUAUUAUUAUUAUUAUUAUUAAUAUCAUUAUUAUUAUUAUUAUUAUUGUUAUUACUUCCACAUUAUUAAUUACUUCAAUAUCUCUGAAUUAGAUCUCCAGGUUUAGGAUCAUCAGGACUCUGUAGUUGGAGUCACCGCAUGGACUUAAAAUCACUGAUGGAUCAAAAUCUAAACCUCUUUAGAAAAGGACAACUGGACUUAGUUGAUUUACUGGACUUAGUUGAGGCGAAACGUCUUAACUAAGUCCAGUUGUCCUUUCAACAAAGAGCUGUAGAUCAUAGAUGCUGCAUCCUCAGUUUUAGAGAGUAUCUCCAGGUUUAGGAGGAACAUCUGCGUCCAUCCAGACAAAGACUUGACAGGAGAAAAACAACAUCUCCCUUUCAGACUCCAGAUCCUGGUCUGUUGGGUUCUCUAAGGUCUACAGAGGGUUGGAGAAAGACGAGCUGAGGACACAAACAGGAACCAAGAAUAAUCUUCAUUAUUGAUUAUUGAUUAUUGAUCAUUCUGUGUUCAGGUGUCUGAUCUGGUGAAAACCUACAACAGAGAUGAGAUCACUGUGUGGGCCACCGUCAACUCCAACAUCAUGAGGAAAUGCCGCAGAACGGUAAAACAACCAGCAGGGGGAGACAGAGUCAGACCCCCCCACAUCAGUUUAGAGUCUCUGUUAGAGUCCUCCUGAACCAGGUGGACCUGUUGGUCUCUGUGUGUCCCUGUAGAACAGCUCCAUGCCGUACAGUUUCACGGUCCGUCGGGGGGUCCUGCUGCUGCUCCUCUACUACAGCGGUCUGCUGCCCUUCGUCCCCCUGGGGGAGAGUCUGCUGCAGUUUUACCUGCCGCGCAUCAUCAACAGGUGAAGGACCUCACCUCACACACAGAUUCACUGUCCGUCUAAUCUGUCCACUUUCAGUAUAAACCCUCAUCAGAUCGGAAUAAUUGACCUCUUUAUUUAUUGAUCACUUCAGAGUGACUCUGAACUCUCGUCUCAAAACUGUUUCUGAUUUAUUUCAUUCAUGUUCUCAGUAUUUCUCUCCUUGUUAAUCAGUUUUGUCUGUUUUGUAUGUUUGGUGAAUGUUGGUUGGAGUUGUGUGUGGGAGUAAGUGUCUGUAUUUGUUAUAUGUUCUGUAUGUUAAUGUUAUCGUGUCCUGAGUUCAGUGUUUGUUUAGGGACCGUCUCUAAAGUGAGACUCUACAUCUAAAGGGGUUAUCCUCCAAUAAAUUCAGAUUUGUGUUUUUUUUCAGUUUGUCUCUCAGUUGUCUCUCUGUUUGUCUCACAGUCUGUCUCUCAGUUUGUCUCUCAGUCUGUCUCUCUGUUGUCUCUCAGUUGUCUCUCUGUUUGUCUCUCUGUUGUCUCUCAGUUUGUCUCUCAGUCUGUCUCUCUGUUGUCUCUCAGUUGUCUCUCUGUUUGUCUCUCUGUUGUCUCUCAGUUUGUCUCUCUGUCUGUCUGUCUCUCAGUCUGUCUCUCAGUUGUCUCUCUUUGUCUCUCUCUUUGCUGCAGGACCUUCAUCCCCCAGAAACGCGUCCUGAGGAACAGACUGAUCAUCUCUCUGUUAGAAAAGUCAGUAAACUCUCGUCUUCAGACUUAAACACAGUGAACAGAUUUAAAGUUUUAUUGAACAAAGAUAAAAUCUCUUUUUUUGGUUCUUUUUGCAGAAAUCUCUGAAAUCAUUUUGUUUAUUUUGUGUUUUUUCUUCCAGAGUCACGAUGAGGAGGGGUCUCUUUAAUCACCUCGCAGCUCGAGGGAUUCAGGUAUGAAACCUUCGAUGAACUCGUCUGAAUUUUCACUUUAGUGGAACUUUAAACUAUUUUAAAAACAGAUAUUUUCAUGCUGAGAGAAAAGACUCGAUAAACGUUAAUAACAGUAAAAUAACUGAUAAAUGGAGGGUCAUGUUAAUAAUCCAUCAUUAGAGCUGAUUGUCCUUUAAGGCCACCGUAGUUUCCCUGGUGGGAGGGGUCAGUAAGGGAGCGUUUCAUGACUCUGACUGUUAGAUAUCUGAACAGAGGGACCCUGAACGCACCAUCAGAGUGUUUCUCUGUCAUUUGAAGGUUCAUCUGUUCGUGUGUAACGAAGAGGAGGACAUUAAAGCGGCGUUCGACGUCGGGGCCACGGGGGUCAUGACCGACUAUCCGACCCUCCUGUCAAACUACCUCCUCAGAAACCGAAACCAGGACUGACCUGGACUCUGCAGUCAGACCUGUGCAGGUCCACCAUGGAGCUUUAGGAUGGUAUAGCGCCAUCUACAGGGUAAAACCCCGUAAAUAUACCUCUAUCUGUGUUUCAUACCAGAGUAAGAAGAGCAGCGGUGAGGAGGAUCGGUUUUAUUUUAGUUUCUGAGUUUGUCUGAAACUCUUUUAUUUAAACACAAAAAUGACCUCAAAUUAAACCUCAGCUGUUUGUGUAGAUAAUUCAGUCUGAGCAGACUCGGGUUCGUCUGUGACUCUGGAGGAAGUCGACAUUUAUAAAUACUCUGUGAUAUAAUCUGUGAGGAUUAUGAAGGAAUCUCCUCCUCUGUGUGUCUGAACCUUUUCUAACUUUCUCUGAGUUUGAAGGUUUGAAGAGAAACGACUUCAUGUUUGGAGGACUCUCUUCUUCUGUUUCUGUCGUCUCUCUCUGAGUCAAACCUUCAGCGCUCCAACCCUGAGUUGAUAUUUAACCGGCUGGAAAGAGUCAGCUGACGUCCUCCUGAUAAGAGAGAGAACGUGAUUUUGUUUUGACUGUCUGAGGAGUUUUAUGACUUUCUUCCAUCAGUUUUUCUCAGAGGAAUAAAGGAUCAGAAUGUUAUUAUUAUUAUAUAUCUUCUUGUUUUUCUGUCUUUAUGUUUAUUAUUUUUUGGUCGUUUAAAGAAGUGUGACGACUAAAAUGAGGUAAAGUAAAUCUCCUCUUGUUGUGUUCAGAUGCAUUUAUAUUAAAGAUACCUGAAGUGACGUUGAUGUAAACAAA